AUACAGGAGAUACAGCAAUGUAGAACUAAGACAUUGAAACCCAUGUAAAGGAAGUGAAAGAAGAAAGGCAACAGAAUGUGCAAUCUUGGUGUAAAAUGUUUUGAUGUUUUUGUGAUUGGAUUUCUUUUCUUUUCAGAUAAUACUCGACACAGUAUAAAUGUUGAUACUUAUCGAGCAAAGAAUGUCUUUCAUUGUGUAGAGACACCAGUGUGACAGUUGCUGUUGUGAUUGCAAAUUGCUGAUGUGCCUCAGCCAAUGGAUUGAUGCCAAUGGUUUCACCACGGAGGUGCUCAUUGGAUGAGUAUCUCAGCAGUAAAAUGAUGAAAAAAGCAACUUUUUAAUAUAAGCAUGCCCUGCAAAACUUUGGAAGAGAUGGAUGUGAAUUCAUCAAACAUGAUCCCACUUCACCAGACAACCAGUAGAAAAAGGUUGGACCAUAAGCGGGAGGCGAUUUGCAUUUUUGGUACUGGGGACUUUGGCCGAUCUUUGGGUAUGAGGCUGCUCAAGUCAGGUUACCAAGUGGUAUUUGGUAGUCGAAACCCACAGAAUUCUACCCUGCUACCAAGUGGAGCUCAAGUCUGUACCCACGCUGAUGCCCUGAAAGAAUCCGAGAUCAUUUUCCUGGCGGUGCACAGGGAGAAUUAUGAUUUCCUCUCAGCUCUGUCCAAUUUACUGGAUGGAAAAGUGCUGGUGGAUGUGAGCAACAACCUCAAAAUGAAUCAAUACCCAGAAUCCAAUGCACAGUAUCUGUCUCAGCUGGUCCCCAAAGCUAUUGUGGUGAAGGGGUUUAACACAGUUUCAGCCUGGGCCCUUCAGUCAGGCAGCCUGGAUGCCAACAGUCAGGUCUUUGUCUGUGGUGAUGACAAUAAAUCCAAACAGCAGGUGAUGGAUGUUGCCAGGAGUCUAGGCCUCACUCCUUUAGACCAGGGAUCCCUUCUAGCAGCUGAAGAAUUGGAGAACUACCCACUACAGCUCUUUCCAAUGUGGAGGCUACCAUUUAUUAUAACAGCUGGUCUCACAGUGUUCUUCUUCUUGUAUUGUGUGGUGAUUAAAGUGAUCCAUCCUUAUGUAGAAAAGAAUGAGGAUAAUUCCUAUCUGUUGAUGGUUUCCAUACCCAAUAAGAUUUUUCCAAUUGUCUCCCUCAUUUUGCUUGGGUUGGUUUACCUGCCAGGAGUGAUUGCUGCAUUCCUCCAACUCUACAGAGGGACAAAGUAUAAAAGAUUCCCUGACUGGCUAGACAAGUGGAUGCUGUGCCGAAAACAACUCGGACUUGUGGCAUUUGUCUAUGGCUUCCUUCACGUAUUCUAUUCAUUGAUCAUACCACUUAGGUACUCAACUUAUUGGAGAAACAUUAAAUAUAUCACAGCACAGUUGAAAAAGAAUUCAACCUCGGAGAUGGAGGUGGUCUGGAGCUGGAAAAGUGAUGCAUUUUAUGCAUCUGGAAUCUUGGGCUUUUCAGUCUUCUGUUUGCUCGGAAUAACCUCCCUUCCAUCUGUGAGCAACGUAAUGAACUGGAGAGAAUUCAGAUUUGUUCAGUCAAAGCUGGGUCAUGUCACGCUGUUGCUAUGCACGGUGCAUACUGCUUUACUGGGGUGGAAUAAAUUUCUCAUACUCUCACUCUAUAAAUGGGGACUUCCACCUGCAUACCUCCUGUCCAUGGUGAUCCCAUGCAUUGUGUUGGCUCUAAAACUAAUUCUCAUAACUCCAUGCGUAGACAGAAUGGUCACCAGGAUCCGCCAAGGUUGGGAAAGAAAAGGAAAAGGCUCAAGCGAUCUCAAUAUUUGACCCAAAUAUUGCACCAGAAUGAGAUGUUUUGUAAUACAUGAUGUCUUUUUUUUUGGAAUGAAUUUUCAAACGGUGGAAUCAGAUACUUCUAAACUCUUGGAAUAAUGGCAUUUAUAAUGUUACAUUGUUUGGAUAUGUGAAUCUUUGAUCUGUUUUAGUUUCCUGCAGUUGGCCUGGCCCGUGUUCCAUGUCCUCUUUCUCACAAAUGUACCUCUGUCCAUUCUGGAAAUCAAACUUCACUGACCCAGGUGAACCAGAAUGAUGGUAGGCCCUUAAGUAACAUAAUGGAGUGAUGUAGCCAGGCCAGAAAAAACCUGGUCAUUCCCUCACCACCACUCUGCCCCCAGCAGCUUUGUUAGCUGUCAAGGUUUUUUCAGGAAUACUGAUAGUCUCUGAUAUUCAGAAAUGUUUAUCAAUGAUUAAAAAUAAAAUAAAUUAUUUUAAAACACUUUCAAAGAAUUUUUAAAAAUUGCGAAAACACAAAUGAUUUUAAAAAAAAGUAAGUUACCUUAUACUUCCUUUUUUUCCUUGCAGCCCUAAAAAUCUCUAUUCAAAUGAAAGGUGUCAUUGAUCCAGCAAUAGAUCCUGGUGCAGGGUCCGUGUGCAGAUUCCUCCGAGUUAAUGCUGGGGAAUCCCAGCAAGAUUUCACCAUGCUGCUGGACUCUAUUGGGAUUCAGGGAGACCAGUGUUAGACUGGAGCUGGGGAAUGACCGUCAGAUUCCUCAGUACACAAGUCUCACAACCCAGUGGCACUUACUGAGAAAUGCUAGAAAUUCUACACAGAACUGUCAGCAUAACCUAGCAAUAUCUGGGACAAGGUCACAGCUGGUCAUCCGCCGGGCUCCUGAAAUCUGAGAAACACACCCACGUUUACAUAUUGCAAUUCCUGACCCACCUCUCAAGAGCAAGUUACCCCCUAAGACUCAUCAAAGCAAAGGUGUGUUUUCUCUGUUUUUCUCCAAAAGACACUUAAACAGGUACUUGGAUAGGAAUGGUUUUGAGGGAUAAGGGCCAUGUUAAGACAAAUGGGACCAGCUUAGAUAGGCACCUUGAAUGGCAUGGACGAGUUGGGCCAAAGGGCCUGUUUCUAUUUUGUAUAACUCUAUGAUUGUAUGCCUCUAUGACCAAUCACCAGAAUUUAUUUUUUUUAAGUCACGUCUUUAUUAGUGACAUGUACAUCGAAACACACAUUGAAUCAGCCCUAUCCUUCAAUCCUGUGAGCUCCCAAUCUCCUAUAAUUCCUUUGUCAGUUCUAUCCACAACCCGGAUUGUGUCCUCCACUGCAGCAUUCCAGCUGGGAGACAGAGAAUGAAUUUCAAAGAAGAUCCAAACUACUUUGUGAUUUCACUGGUAAACUGGUUGGGAAUUCUCAGUAUGAGUCUUCACCACUCAUCUCAGAGGUUUGAGCAGUUGGAGGUUAGGUUUCCAUUUUAUGUGUAAAUACAAUACCACCACACCUCUCCCAUCCUUUCCAUGGGGUUAAAAUAACCUCCCCCCACCCACUUUUGUCCCUGUUGUGUGUAUUUGAGUUAACAAUCAAUAAAUGCAUCAUUUUCAUAGUUUAGUAUAAGUGGCAUUUUAAAUAAUAAAAUAACUAAUUCUUGUAUCGACACUGCUCUUAAUAUGGUGAAGCAACUCCGAAUGGAUGAUUUGGUUACAGCUUAGAAUAGACAAUGACAACUCUGUCACUGAAUUUAAUAUCCAAUAGAACAGAUGAUGUUCAUUAAACCACAGACCAACUUUGCCAUCUGACAUUUUGGUGGUUGCAUGAUCUUUUGUAAUUUACAUGUUGCCUCAUCAUAGGGACCAAUCUUCAUCUGUUAUGCUAUGACAUGUUUAAUAAGGGACUAAUCUGCUCUUGUUAGCUUUAUGCUACUGGGAUAAGUUAAAAUGAUUGCCCAAGUGGUCACUGCAGUCAAUCAUAGACUUUCUUAAACCUACAAAAGGCUACAAAGCCAUUCUGAUACCAGAACAUUUGGUAUUUGCUGUGUAUGAGCAAAUGUCAGCACAAACUGGUAAAAUUAGUGGCACUUAAGAGAGCCAAUGGCUGUGGCGAGAGGUCAUAUUGCUCCACACAGCCGUCCUCCAAAGCACUUCUACCCAUUUCACCUGCUCGUAGUAUUAAAUUUCAAAUACCAAUUCUUCUAGUUGAGAGAUCAGUUGUACUGCAAUGUCUGGAUCAUCAGGAAGAAUACUUUUUUAAGCAUUCUUUAAAAAAAAUGCAUACUCUGUCAAAUACAAUAUUAACAUUCUCUACACCUGAAGAUAAUAAGGUAUAUUUAUUGGCAAUAUCAAAGUUCUAAUGUAGUAUGAAAAUUAUUUAGCAUCAUCUCUAGUCCUCUUGCAUUCAUGAUUUGCCACAGACAUUCCAUUAGAAGUCUCAAUGGAACUCUAUUCUCCACAGUUCAAUGCAGUGCAUUUAAGAGUGGACUGAAUGGCAGAUAAUGGCUACAGGUCUACAGUAAGCAUCACCCACAGAUUUGAACUCCACAUUAUAGAGAAGAAUAGAAUAAGGUUGCUGUAACAUGUAUGAACUUGUGUAUUAUUGCAUUGAAUACAGAUAAAAUGAACAAUAUGCAUUUACAAUAAAGCUUGUCACUUAUAAUUCUACACUGAAAAUGUUAUAUAGAUGAUAAAAAAAACAAAGACCAUUAAAUUUUCUUUCUAACA